CUGAUUAGUCGCAAUCGCAUGUUUUCUUGACUAAUCAAAUACCAAAUACUUCAAAGCUUACGUUUGUACAUUUCUCUCUGCAAAAAUCCAUAAACCCUAAAACCCUACCCAUAAAACCCAGAGCCCCAAAAAAAAAUGCUCCUCCUUAUCGGUCCCUUCAAACACAAAACCCCAACCAUCAAAGCCCUAGCAACUCUCCUCUUAAAUCUCUCGUCCGCCAGAUCAUUGUCCCAUUCCACCUCCAUCCCCACAAAGCAGCAACGCGUACGAGACCAUGGCUACGACAACUACAUGGAAAUCGAGAAGAAGACCCGCAAGGUCCUCAAGUUCCAGGACCUCAUCCUCUCCCAGCCCAACCAAACCGUCCCCGUCUCUCGCCUGGAUCUCCUCGCUCGCCGCCUCGGCUUCAAACAACACGAAUCCGGCGCUUUCGUUCUCAAAUUCCCUCACGUUUUCGAUAUUUACGAGCACCCGGUUCAAAGAAUACUCUACAUUCGAUUAUCCCGGAAAGCCCUUUUGCAAAUUGAGCAAGAAAAGCAAGCUCUCGAUGCUCAAAUCCCCGACGCCGUGAUCCGCCUCCGGAAGCUUGUAAUGAUGUCGAGUACGGGUCGGAUCCGCCUCGAACAUGUGCGUAUUGCGAGGAAAGAGUUUGGCUUGCCUGACGAUUUUGAGUACUCGGUAAUUCUCAAGUACCCCCAAUACUUUCGAUUAUUCGAUGCUAAGGAGACUAGGAAUAAGUACAUUGCGAUUGUUGAGAGGGAUGAGAGUUUAGCGGUGUGUGCUAUAGAGAAAUCUAGGGAGAGAGAAUACAGGGAAAAAGGGAUCGAUGCUGAGGAUAUAAGGUUUUCGUUUAUCGUGAAUUUCCCACCUGGAUUUAAGAUCGGCAAGUAUUACAGGAUUGCAGUGUGGAAAUGGCAACGAGUUCCGUAUUGGUCGCCUUAUGAGGAUGUGUCGGGUUACGAUUUAAGGUCGCUGGAGGCCCAGAAGCGAAUGGAAAAGAGGGCGGUGGCAGCAAUUCAAGAAUUGUUGUCAUUGACUGUGGAGAAGAAAAUUACGUUGGAAAGGAUUGCACAUUUCAGGUUGGCGAUGAAUUUGCCAAAGAGAUUGAAGGAGUUUCUUCUUCAGCAUCAGGGGAUAUUUUAUAUUUCAACGAGAGGUAAUCAAGGGAAGCUGCAUACGGUUUUUCUUAGGGAGGCAUAUAAGAGGGGUGAUUUGAUAGAGCCAAAUGAUUUGUAUUUGGCAAGGAGGAUGUUGGCUGAUUUAGUCUUGUUGAGCCCUAGGAAGGCAAAUGUGGAUCGGGAAUUGGUUAAUUAUAGGAGAGAUAGAGAAGAUCAUGAAACAGGGCGCUUUAGAACCGAGUUUGUGGAUGAUGAUUUUCAUAAUUCCGCAGUUGAGGAUAAUGUUGGGAAAGAUAGGGAGGGGGAGGAUAAUUUGGACUCCGAUAUGGGUUCUGAUACUGGAUCUGAUUUUCUAGAUGAGAAUGAUGAUUGCCUUGAAACUUUGGAUGCAGAGGAUAUCCAUGUAGCUGAGAGCGAACUAAAACCAGUGGCUUGAGGCUAAUUUCAGAUGUUAUUGGCCAAUGAAGAAGUGAUGCAUUACAGAAGAAAAGCAUCGUCUUGAAAGACGAAUGAUUUAUAUUCAUGGGCUCAGAAGCACCUCCUAUAGGAAUUAGUUCUUGGAGAAGAUCUAAUG